AAUCAAUGAGGGGAAGAAGCGAGACCCUCAGCUCCCGAACCGUGAGACGUUGACUGGAUUUCUCGACACCUCUGAGGACAAAUUCAUUGCUCUGACAGUCGCGGAUGUUUCCCUCCGUACCCCGGUUAUUAGCUGUUGACGUUAGUGGAGUUGGGAUUCGAGCAGUUUGAGGAGACGCUCGUCCCGAAUAGCUUCUGUGUGGCUCGUAACUGAUGUAACUGAGUUGUAUGCGACCUUAAUGAAGCAGCUCUGCUGUGUUUGUUCUCCGAACUCGCUUCCUCCGUCUUAUUAGUCACCACUGACACACUUCGGUGCGCUGCUGCUGUGCGUUAUCUGCUUUCUGCGAGCCUAGCCGGGGAGAUAACGUUAAAAUUAACGUUAAUGAGCCAUGCUAGCUCAAUAAUUACAGCCAGAGCUAUGUUUUUGCUCGUGACUCACCCGAGAGGUAACGUUAGAUAGCCAGAACCGGUCAUUAUCAAACGCUGCGACCUUAUUUAAGAGUUACAGCCGUCCGCAGCAGCAGUGCUAUCGGGGCUGCUAGCUGAGUUAACGCUAGGUUAGCUAUCUUCAUUUUUUCAGUCUCACACACACUCGGGUGUUUUUUUCUUCUGCACUUUAUUUUACCACCAUGCUCCACCGGUGGUGUGAACGAUAGCAUAUUUAACUUAUUUCAGCUGUAAAUGAGCUGUUAGCGAGUUUUUUAACUGCACUCCUAACGAGUCGCUGUCAAGCUGGCUCUUCCUUUCGACCGUUGUUGACGGGAGACGUUAAAGCCGGUAGACAUUACUGGGACUCACACCAGGCUAUAAUUCAUGUUAUAUAACUUGACCCCUGACGUUUGCUCGUUGUUGUGAAAGUGACCAUGAAGAAGUUUUUCGAUUCCCGGAGGGAAAUGGCGGGUUCUGGGCCCGGUUCGGCAGCGGGAGGAGGCGGCGCGGGAUCCGGCAGCGGAGGCACCUUCAUCGGUCGAGUUUUCACCAUCGGCCGCUAUCAGGUGACCGUGGAGGAGACGAUAGCUGAAGGUGGUUUCGCCAUCGUGUUUCUGGUGCGCACCCAUCAGGGCGUCCGCUGUGCUCUGAAGAGGAUGUACGUGAAUAACGAACACGACCUUCAAGUCUGCAAGAGAGAGAUUCAGAUCAUGAGGGAUCUGGUGGGCAACAAAAACAUUGUGGGCUACCUAGACUCAAGUAUUACAGCCGUGGGUUCAGGAGACGUUUGGGAAGUGCUUAUAUUAAUGGACUUCUGUAGAGGUGGUCAGGUGGUGAAUCUGAUGAACCAGAGGCUGCAGACUGGUUUCAGUGAGCCGGAGGUGCUGCAGAUAUUCUGUGAUACUUGUGAAGCUGUGGCUCGACUGCAUCAAUGCAAAACUCCCAUCAUCCACAGAGACCUCAAAGUGGAGAACAUCCUGCUGCAUGACCGAGGUCACUAUGUCCUCUGUGAUUUCGGCAGCGCCACUAACAGGUUCCAGAACCCCCAGGCAGAGGGGGCCGCCACGGUGGAGGAGGAAAUUAAAAAGUACACAACUCUCUCAUACAGAGCUCCAGAGAUGGUCAAUCUGUACAGUGGCAAAAUGAUCACCACUAAAGCAGAUAUCUGGGCCCUGGGCUGUUUGCUGUAUAAGCUGUGUUUUUUCACACUGCCGUUCGGAGAGAGUCAGGUGGCCAUCUGUGACGGCAGCUUCACCAUCCCAGACAACUCGCGUUACUCCCACGACAUGCACUGCCUCAUACGUUACAUGCUGGAGCCAGACCCCGACAUAAGGCCAGAUAUCUACCUGGUGUCUUAUUUCGCCUUCAAGCUGGCACGCAAAGACUCCCCGGUGCAGAAUGUCCAUAAUUCACAGAUCCCUGCAAAACUUCCUGAGCCAAUCAGAGCAAGUGAGGCGGUGGCUAAAAAGAGUCAGACUAAAGCCAGACUUACUGAUCCAAUCCCCACAACUGAAACCUCCAUAGCACCACGACAACGGCCCAAAGCUGGCCAGCCUCAGCCAAUCACAGGCAUUCUGCCCAUACAGCCUGCCCUCACCCCUCGGAAGAGAGCGAAUGCCCCGGCAGGACCGGCUCAGCCUAUCAGUGUGAGCUUAGCGUCUCAGCCGCAGAAGCCCCAAGCUCAGCAUCCUGUUCCUGUAGCGCAGCAGCAAGCUCCUCCCACACCACUUCAAGCCACUCCCUCCCCACCUCAGGCUGUGCCACAACACGGACAGCUUUUUGUGCAGCCACAAGCUGCAGGUUUCUUUCCUCCUCAGCAACAGCUGCCACACCAAGUCCAGAAUCUCUACUCACCCCAUCGUCAAAACACCAGCUUCCCUGUGCAGACAACUCCAUCUGCUCAGGCAAAAGUUAAAGCCAUGGCCCCCCCUCCACCCACUCAGAACCAACAACCCAGCAGCCUGCCUGCACCCACUCCUGCCCAAGCCCCAGCUCCAGUGAGGGCCGGAGCCAAAGCCAUGGCCCCUGCCCCUCCUGCACAGCAGUCUCAGACAAACGCACCUCCAUCUUUACGCAUAAAAACUAAAGCAAUGGCCCCUCCCCCACCCACACAGCAGCAGCCAGCAGCUCCUUUCACUGCUGCUAGCCCUCUUUCCCAUAAAGCUACCCCACCUCCAGUCCUAGAGGAGGCACUAGAUCCUGACGAGGCUUCUGAAGAGAUGCCCUUUGCUGGUGGGCGCCCAGGCCAUAAAGUGGGCUCUCUGACUCCACCCUCGUCUCCUAAGACGGCCCCAAGGGGAGGUCACCGGCGCAUUCUGAGUGAUGUCACCCACAGCGCCAUAUUUGGAGUCCCUGUUAGCAAGUCCACUCAGCUACUGCAGGCUGCAGCGGCCGAAGCCAGCCUCAACAAGUCCAAAUCAGCCAGCACUACUCCUUCUGGCUCCCCAUGCUCAUCCCAGCAAAGUGUGUACCCGGCAGGCGAAGGCAGUACCCAGUCGGCUGUUCCUAAAGCAGGCACUGGGGCUCAGCCUUCCUGGAAUCCUUUUGGCGAUGACAACUUCUCCAAACUCACAGCUGAGGAGCUGCUCAACAAGGAUUUUGCCAAACUGGAUGCUAAAGCACCAGAGAAGUCGUCUACAGAGAACCUGAUUUCAGGUUUACAGCCCACGGCUCCAAAUAAAGGCUUUCCCCAGGGAACAGAGAAAUUGAUAGAGGGUUUGAAGUCUCCAGAACCUUCCUCCUCCUCUUCCUCCUUGCUUAUCCCUGACCUCCCUCUGAAUGACCCCUUCAGUCCUGCAGACACCAGCCAUGCUGGGAUGGAUUCUCUGAUUCCUGGGCUGGAGCCUCUACAGGCUGAUGCUGGGUCAGCUUCACUAUCGGAGGCAAAGGGGAAGACUAACGGCUAUGAAGCCCUUUUAGAGGGUGGUGACGCAGAAAACCCCAGUCAGAGCUGUCUUCAUUCCAGCGAUGAAGAAGAGGACGAUGAAGGUGAAGGCAAGGAAGAGCCAAGCUUGAGGCUGAGUGGCGACGAAGCUUCAAGCCACGAUUGCAGUGGUUCUAGACCGUUGUUGCAGGACUCUGACGAAGAUGAAGAACAAGAAACUGUUGCUUCUGGAAACCUUCACACAUAUUCGAAUCUGCAGGCCAGCACUAUCGCAGAGUCCACUCUGGUUGCGCAUCAGCACUCUCAGAACCACUUGCCCCAAGCCCAGGGGCAACCCUGCCAUUCGGAACUCGACCCCAACCUGGACAUCUUCUCCAAAGCACCUUUCCAGGCUGCGCAAGAACAGGAUAGCGAUGGGGACGUUUUUGCAAAUGCGCCAUUUCCUCGUCCGCUGGCCCAGCCUCAGCAGCCCGAUGUGUUUCUCCAGGCCCCAUUCGGAAGGCGAAAGGAAACUCAAACCGCAGGCGUGGUGUAUCCCCAUCUAGUUGCCCAGUCUGGCUUCCAUCACUCCCAGUUGGUGACCUCUUAUCCUGGAAGCCAUGACCAGAGCAUCCUUGGUCAAGUAGCCACUCAGCCCUUCCGACCACAGGCUUUAACUAAAUACUCCAGACAUUAUGAAGGGCCCUUGGCAUCAGAACCUGACAAGGCCCAACUAGGAAUGUCAAGCAAAGGCAAGAAAGGCCCUGUUGCUGCCCUGCACUCCUGGACGCCUGAUGUAAAUGCUAGUGAUCCGUUCGUUUCUGCUCCCUUUUAUCUUAAAGGCCCUCAAGAGAAGCACUGAUGCUUCAGCACUCUAGGACCUAGUUUCUCAGACCCAGAUUGAGCCUAAGCCUUGAAUAAAUGGGAUUUCUAAUGAUGAAAGUUGCAAAUCAGUCCAAAUCUAGGCUUAAUCCUAAUUCGUAUUUCAGAAAUCACCCCUAAGAACACCUAUGCACUAAGUUUGAAAAGACAAUGCAUCCUCUCUCCUAGGGAUGGGCUUCAACCAUGCAAGAUUGCACCCAAUUUAUUAUCUUUUUUAGCCUUUCUUUUAAAGCAGCCCAAGCUUCUUUGGCCUAGGGAUGUUGAAGUAUGAAUGCCUUUGAUAAUAUGCUGCACAGAGAAUAUUAGCAUAUGUAACGUGAAAUAUUAUGCAAGAAUGAACAGCACAUACAUACCGUGCAGAGUGAUGAUAUUUACUACAACUGGCUUUAACUACAGCCUGCAGUGUCAUUCCCAUAUUACUGACCAAUCAUGAUUGUGUACUCUGCCUACCUCAGUUUAUUUCUAUGCUGAGAGAGCUUGUUUUCUGAGGUCUUGCACAUUGUCUAAAAAAAGUUUAAAGGAAUAUUCCAGCACUUUUGCAACCUACACUCUGUCUGCCACAUCUGCCUCGUAGGGUCAGUUGCCACAGACACUUUCUUGUACUCAGAAAAGCCUUGUGACUCAGUGUCUGUUAUAGUUUAAAGUCAGUGAAGCAUCUGUCCAUUGACUUCUGUUAUAAGUGCGUUUUGAGUCAGCAAGUUUUCUGUUCUGUUCUAAUUUCUAUUAAAUUUCAUCGUUCGUAGAGAAAAGUUUCUUUUCCAGUGCCGAUAUUGAAACCUCGAGUAUCGUCCGAUACCACUCCAGUAUUUUUCUUGAAAAACUAUACUACUGCAUAAUUAAAUCGUUGAGAUGUGAAAAAAGGGCAUUCAAAGCGGUUUGAUGUGAAAUGGUUCAUUGUAUAGAAACCAAAGCAACUCUGAUUGCUCAUGUCUGAUUUCUUUUACUGUGGUGGUGAUAGGAACCAGGGGUUGUGAUAUUUACAGCCCAAAUAUAGCCAUUAACCAACAGCAAACCUGCAUAUCACCGUGAGUUUUUAUAUGUAAUGUUGAUAAUGGUAAAAUAGUGGUAGAUCUGAAAAAAAAGUUUUCUUGGCUAUUUUGCCUCACAGCGCCUAGUAUAUACCCCUCUGCUAUAAUGGAUGUUAAAAAUUCUGUUUUAGGCUAAAACCUUCAUCUCAAAACAGUGUAAAACUUGUAAAACAGUGUCUCAGGCAUCAGGUAGAGUAUUCAUUACUUCAUUGUUUCAUUUUGUGUAAUACCACCACUGUGAACGUUUAUGACUUGGUAAGUCUCUCUAGAAGGGAGCAUUUCACAUCAAACCACUCGUAAUGCCUUUGUUUCACAUCUAAACCCUUUUAUUAAGAAGACAUUUUUGAAUAAUCCAUGGAUUUCACCUUAACUUCACUUGAACGAGCAUCAGAAAGUAGGCGGUCAUCACAGUGUGAAUUAGGCUACGUUCACAUUACCAGGCUGAAGUGGCACAAAUCCGAUUUUUUGGGCCCUAAUGUGACUGUGUGGACGUGCAAAUCUGAUCUUUUCAAAUCCGGCCUGAGUCACUUUCAUAUGUGGUCCUAGAUCGGAUACGUAUCCGAUUUGUGGCCAUGCGACCUUAAUGUGAACG